AUGUCCGGAGCCGAAGCUGCAAUAGCUGGUGUGGGAUUCUUGUGCAGUGCGAUACAAAUCGUCACUUUUGGUAGAGACAUCCUUCAAGUCUACUGUCAAGUUCGUGAUGGUCGAUCUCCUGACCCAAGAUUGGAAGGAUACCUCAAGAGUGCGGAGGCUUGCUUCAACCAUAUCAAGACUUCAGCUUCGGCGACAUCUCAAACCCAAGCAUUGCACAGCGACCAACAGCAGAUUGUCAACGUUGGCCAAGAGUUGCAUGACUCUAUGGUUGAACUUCAGACUAAAUUCGCCGAGCUCCAUCUUGAUGAUGCAUCUAAACGUGGAGUGCGCGGGAAAUUACGAGUAGGGAAGAAAGCCGCAGCAUCUAUGUGGCACUCCAAAGAACUCGCAAGUCUUGAGGAAAGUCUGAAAAGAUAUGAAAGCCUUCUCCACGGUGUCAUACUACAUCGAGUGUCCAACCAGGUCCAGGCGGUGGAAGCUCAGUCAAGUCAGCACUUCCAUCAUCUGAAUGUACAUCUGCAAUCAUUUAUCACAAAGCUAGCGGAUGGGUGUACAAAUCUGUCCGAGCUAUCACGCGUCUCACUCGAGACAAAAGAUCGAGUCACGCAAGAGCACGAAAAAACACGAACUGCCAUUGAUCAGGGCUUCGCUUCCACGCAGGGCACCAUUACGAACAUCCGCGACUCAACGUCCCAGCACUUUCAAGACUCAUCCCAACGUGAGAUGAGUAAAAUCCUGGAGCGACGCCAUGAGAGACUACUCAACAGUCUCAGAUUUUCUGAAAUGAACAGCCGCAAGAAUCAAGUAUCUGAGAACUACCCUGGAACAUUUUCCUGGGUGUUUAAAAACACGUCCUGCAGUAGCCGAAGUCAUUCACCUUUAACCGAUAUGUCGACCUCAACAAGUUCACCAGACCCUGACAAUUUUCCCAUUUGGUUACAGUCCGACUCAAAUCUAUUCUGGAUCAGUGGUAAGCCCGCUUCCGGGAAAAGCUCACUCAUGAAAUUUCUUGCAACCAAUUCCUUGACAAGAGAACAUCUCGAGAUUUGGCAGCACAACACGCAGAACAAGAACGGCAAGCUGCGCAUCAUUGCCCAUUACUUCUGGAAGCCGGGCCAAUUGUUGCAGAAGAACAUUCAAGGAAUGGUUCUUUCUCUUCUAUAUCAAGUGCUCUGCAAGGAUCUUUGUCUCGCUCAACAGCUGUGGGAAGAUCAAGACGAUGUUUCCGACAAGCGAGCUCAUGGAGAUUGGAGUCUCAACGAGCUUAGAGAAACUCUCUGUCACGCAAUCAAGUCUUCAAGUGAUUGUUUUUGCAUUUUUCUGGAUGGGCUGGAUGAGGCAAGAGAGUUCGAGCGCUUAUCAUGGCGCGAUAGUGGGAAUGCACGGGUCAUUCAUGACCUGCUAUGUCUCGACAAUGUCAAGAUAUGUGCUUCUAGCAGAGAAGAACACCCGUUCUGCCUUUUUUUCGAAAGCCAACCACGCUUAAGAAUUCAUUUACUUACAUACAACGAUAUCUAUUGUUAUGCGAAGCAAAGAUUGGAGCUGACUGGGCUAGAUCCUCACAACCGACAUGGAAUUCUACAAAGCGUUAUAAGGAAAGCAGACGGUGUAUUUCUCUGGGUCGUCUUAGUUCUCGAUAGCCUAAAUCGAGCAAUACGAUCAGGGUCAGCCAGUACCCGUGAAUUGAAGGAGCGUCUUGCACAGACUCCUGCAGAUUUGAAUGAUCUCUUUAUUGAUAUGUGGGAGCGACCAGGAGACGAUGCCAAACUAUCAAGUCACAAAAUCGAUGCCUCUCGUUACUUAAGCCUGGCUGUUACAGCAAACAAGCUAGAAGAGCAUCUUCCUUUUUCCACUGGUUUCAAUAACAUGAAUUCCUUACUAGUUAUUACUACUGCUCUGGAGGAUGGGCCGGUGACAUCAAUUUUGGACACUGGUCGAUGUAUCCUGGCAAAAGACCUUGAAGACAAAUGUUCAGCGGUGGCAGAUCGGCUACGAUUAGUUAGCCGUGGGCUACUUGAGAUAGUAACAGCUACUAACGGGGAUGGAGUUGAAGGAAGUUCACGCUUGACUCGCUACAGAACCGAGAUGGUCGUUUUCAUUCACAGAUCUGCUUUCGACUUUAUUACUGAUACACAAUUCGGUCGCGAGUGCCUGAGUACCUGUGGAUGGUCCUCAACUGAGCAGGUUUCCAGAUUAUUCGCAGGCCAUCUUGUCAGAUGCCGAUUUGUAAGGGAUCAGCCAGCGAUAAUCAAUCACAUAACAACAGGAAAAAUGACUUAUGAUAUCAUUAUCGCACCCUCCCACCAAGUGCGAAGGGCCUUGUCGAUAACCUAUAGUUGGGGAAACAGCAGCUUGUCUUUCGAAAACAGCAUGUUACCAAUAAUCAAGGAUUGGCAGAGAUCUGGCUUGUUUUCUGCCCAAUCUCGUUGGAAAUAUCCCCAAGGUUCAAGAGUUCCGUCAGAUCUUUGGGAAUUGGAAUUUCUUGAACAGCUCAUGGGGAUAGCCCCCCGAUUCACUAUCGUUGCUGGUGCACUCGACCAACUUCAAAUUCAUCGUCUCAUUGAAGCCAUACCUGCUCUGCUUCGAGGAUUCCCAAACAUGAUGGGAUAUGGCGUGUUAGAACCGCUUCUUUGCGAGUCGAUCGGAUACGUCUUGACCCAAUACAACGCUCUUACUGCAUUCGUGGUUUAUUACCAUGUGCCUUUCUGCUAUAUCUUGGCCCAGAGAGCCAGAAAAGUCAGAAUUGCAGGGCAUCUUGGACCUGCUUUAUCGAUUCAGGACCAUUUUGUGUUCAACAGAUGA